GAUAGUCAUGAUAGGCUCAACUUAACACAAUGUUGGCGCAUUACUCUGCACAAAUUAAGUAAAUAUAGUUUGUAGGAAAACAAGCUCCAGCAGCUCUGCGCUCAGGAAACAGAGCACUUUAUAGCCGAACCCACUUCAUCAGCUGAUGUCCAAUCACCGGCACACAGCUUUGAAACCUCCACUAAGUUUUAGCUCUCAGUGGUUAAACACUGGACUUAAUUCACUCAGGUUCUGUCUGUCGGGUCACUGACUCUGAGCGGCUGGAUCGAUACAGACAUCUAGAAUGAGUCCAAUAAAGGAUAAACAUCGCUGGGUUUUGCAACAUGUUGUGAUCCUCAUUUUUCUAACACAAUCUUGUGGUGGUCAGCAUCAGAUGAUUGGUCCAACUCAGCCAGUAGUGGCCAUGAUUGGUGAUGACAUCAUUUUGCCAUGCCACCUGGAACCUGCUGUGGAUGUUGUUGACCUGACUGUGGAUUGGUCCAGAACUGACCUCAAACCUAGAUCUGUCUAUGUGAGGCGAGAGGGUGUGGAGCUUCUGACUGAGCACAAUCCUUUGUACACAGGAAGAACAUCACUUUCUGUCAACAAACUGCAGUGUGGAGACGUUUCAUUGAAACUCUCCACGGUGCAACUCUCUGAUGCAGGAACAUACAAAUGCCUUGUACCUAAAUUUAAUGCAGAAACUGUGGUGACGCUUGCUGUAGGUUCAGUUUCCUCACCAGUCAUAGAACUCACCAAUGUCAAAAAUAAAAUGGUGUUAGAGUGUAAAUCUAAUGGCUGGUAUCCAGAGCCUCAGAUGUUGUGGGUGGACAGUGAGGGAAAACCUAUUUCUGUUGAACCUACAAAGAAUGUCAGAGGUUCUGAUGGCCUCUAUAGUGUCAGCAGUAAAGUGACUGUGGAGAAAGGACAGAGCUACAGCUUCACCUGCAAAGUUCAACAGAAGAAUAUCAGUCAAAUCAAAGAGGCAAACAUCCAUGUUUCAGGUGAUCUCUUUAUGGUCCAGUCCAAUACUGCUGUUCACAUUAUCGUCAACUUGGCUGUCUGUUUAAUAAGCUUUGGCACUGUAAUAUUGCUAAUAUGGAAAUGUGGACAAAAGAAAACCAAAAUCAAGACACAUGAUGAGGAUGAAAACGAACUUUAUCAAACCGAGCUGAAGGGGAAAUGUGAGGAAAAUAAAAGACUUGAAGAUGAGUUGCAGAACAAGGAGGAAGAUUUAAAACAUGUCAGACAAACCAUUGAAAAACUGAUGGAGCAGAAGACAUGUCUGAAGAACCAGGGAGAAAAACUCAACACACUACUGCAGGAGGACAAGACAGAGAUGAAAGAGAUAAGGUCAGAGACUAUCUCACCUUUGUCUUUGGAAAAAGACAAACAAAGGCAGAAACUUAUAAAUAAAGAAACUGACCUGGAAAAAAGAACAGAAGUACAUGAAGAACUGUUAAAGAUGACAGAAAAACUAAUAGAGGAAACUGACAACAUUAUAAUUCAAAUGACAGAAAGGAAGGGAAAGCUUGAAAAUGACAAGCAACAAAUUAUUAAACACUUGAGAGAGAAACAGAAAGAAAUAGAAGAGAUUCAGAAGAAACUGUCAGAGAAACGAGUGAGAAACAAUGAACAACUGUCUAUGAAGCCAGGUUGAGUUUUUCUUUAAUAUGUCUCUUGCUACAAUCACAUGUAAUAUUUUUUAAUUCAUUUUGAAUUUAUAUUCUCAAUCUCUUCAGUUGCGAAUCUAACCCUAUGUUUGUUUUUUCCUCGGCGAAGGACAGAGUAACACGAUAAAUGAAACAUGGAUUUCGCUGUUUUUUUUUUCAUUGCUGUCAUUUUGCGAUGUUAUACCUGAUAUGUCUUUGUUUGUUUGCUUUAAUUUUAUAUUAUAUACAUUUAAACAAGACAUGCAUUUUGAUAGUAUAUUAUCAUAGGAGAUUUUGUUAUGAUAAAAUGCAUCAGUAUUUUUCCAUUUUUUGUAAUCUUUUGUCUGUCUGUAAGUAAGAAUUACACUGUGAGAAAAAGAGGAAAAUAUGCUGUCUGUAUUGUCACGAGACCUGAGGUAGAAAGAGACUGAAAUACUCCCCCAGUUGUCUUUAAAUCCCAGCUGAGAGAGAUUAAAAGGUCUUAAUAUUCAGACUUAUGUGAGUAAGACCAUGUCCACACUAAAACGAUUUCGUUUGAAAAUGCAUCUUUUUCUCUCUGUUUUGGCCUUCCAUCCACACUGAGUCUGCUUUUUCGGUCCAGGAAAAUGCAGUGUUUUGAAAACGCUCUCCAAAGUGGAUAUGAAUUUGAAAAUGCUGUUUUCACGUCGCAGUGUGGACAGCGAACCCGGAGCCUUUUUCGAAAACCAUGACACAGUUUAGUCAUGUGUUGCAGUCAUGUGACCAGUUAAACUAACAUAGUGGAGGGCAUUAUACAGCAGUUGUUUUGUUUGCUCUCAAUUUUGACAGCCCCAUUAAAGAUUA